AUGUCAGAUGAAAUAAUUGUACGAGAUCUUGUUAAUUCAUCAUACCUUGGAGAGGACAAAAAAGAAUUAAUAAGUAUUUUCUUUGAAGAAUACAGAAAGUGGAAAGUCAUCUUUUCUAAUGAAAUUAAAGAAAUUCUGCAAAAAGAUUCUCUCAUUCAAAAAUUAUCACAUCACUUAAAGGAAGAAUUUGAGCAAGAAAAGAGAAAUAUUAUAUCUCGUGAAUUUCAUAGGCUUUGCAAUGUAAUAGAAGAAAAAUAUCAAAAUAAUGGAACUUUGCGGAUAAAUAUACAGAGUAUAACAGCAAGUAAUUCUUAUAACUCUAGGGUCGACAUUAAUUAUUGUUUCAAACAUGAGCUUGAAAUAAUUGAACCAAAAAAACUUCAAAUAACAAUUUUUGAGACAUCAUUAGAGCAAGCGGAUACCUUUCAUCUACAUAAUGAAGAGUUUUAUAUUCCAAAUCCAAUUUUGCUUUCUUAUAAUAAUUAUUGUAUUGGUGUAACUUUGCAGAUUGAUUCUUCAAUUUACGAUUUCAG